GUCAGAGCUCCCACAAUGCACUGCAAUAUUCCCUUUAAAUUCCAGGAAGUGCUGCUGGCCUGCCUCUUAGAGGUGCAAGCCACCACACCCGGCUGGAUCAGAGGCCGAGCUGGUCCAAUGAGAAUGUUACCCACAAGCAACUCAUACUAGGCUGGAGGCUUAACCUGAAGAUGAGACAAGAAGUGCAGCAGUGGAGAGAGGCUGGAAGGCCGAAUAACGAAGUACCGGGGAGUAGGCAAAGGAGUAUUCAAACGGAUCCGGGUCAAGGCAGGCAGCAAGGUUCACAGACAAAAAUGACAAGUUGGAUAGGUUUGAUUGCUGACAUGAUGGACAAUUCAACUACCACUGAGGUUCUUGUGGCAUCUAUAGUCUUUGCCAUAGUGUUCCUGGUGAUUAGGUCACAAAGGGUCAAACUCCCACCAGGAACAAAGAAAUUACCAGGGCCUAUGCCAUAUCCUGUUAUUGGGAAUUUGUUAUCCCUGAGCAAGAAUCCACAUCUUAGCCUGACGAAAAUGAGCGAAACCUAUGGUGAUGUGUUCCAGAUUCAAAUUGGCACAAAGCCUAUGCUGGUCCUUAGUGGGCUGGAGACUCUCAGGCAAGCACUGAUACGACAGAGUGAUGAGUUUGCCGGCCGUCCAGAUCUCUUCACUUUCCGCUUGGUCGGUGACGGUCAGAGCAUGACAUUCAGCAGUGAUUCCGGAGAGGUGUGGAGAGCUCGACGCAGACUUGCACAAAAUGCCCUCAAAACCUUUGCUACUUCCCCUUCACCCACAUCAUCAAAUUCUUGCCUUGUUGAAGAAAACAUUAUUACAGAAGCAGAAUAUUUAAUAAGGAAAUUUAAGGAACUAAUUGAUGACAAAGGAGAGUUUGACCCCUACAGAUACGUGGUGGUCUCCGUCGCCAAUGUCAUCUGUGGCAUGUGCUUUGGUAAACGAUAUAACCAUGAUGAUGAAGAGCUUCUGAAUGUGGUGAAUCUUACUGAUGAGUUUGGCGCAGCAGCUGCUUCAGGCAACCCUGCAGAUUUCAUCCCAAUUCUACAAUAUCUUCCCAACUCUAGCAUGAAGGCCUUCAAGGAAAUCAACCAAAAGUUCCUAGCCUUCAUGCAGAAAUUCACCAAAGAGCACUACAAAACAUUUGACAAGAACCAUAUACGAGAUAUUACUGAUUCACUUAUUCAACACUCCCAGGAGAAGAGAGUUGAUGAGAACUCAAAUAUUCAAUUAUCAAAUGAAAAAAUUGUGAAUAUAGUAAAUGACCUUUUUGGUGCUGGGUUUGAUACCAUUACCACUGCUCUCUCAUGGAGUCUCAUGUACCUUGUGGCCCAUCCUAACAUACAACAGAGAAUUCAGGAUGAACUGGACCAGGUUAUUGGCAGAGAAAGGAGGCCCAGAUUAUCAGACAGAGCUCAGCUGCCUUAUACUGAAGCUUUUAUACUGGAGAUGUUCCGUCAUUCUUCUUUCAUGCCCUUCACGAUUCCUCACUGCACAACCAAAGACACAAUGUUAAAUGGAUAUUUCAUCCCCAAGGGAAUCUGUGUGCUGAUCAACCAGUGGCAAGUUAAUCAUGACCCCAACCUGUGGCAAGAUCCAUUCAAGUUCUGCCCAGAGCGCUUCUUGAACAACGAUGGCACAAUGGUGAACAAAACUGAGAUGGAGAAAGUAAUGAUUUUUGGCUUGGGAAAAAGGAGGUGUGUUGGGGAAGCCAUUGGGAGAAUGGAGGUCUUCCUCUUUCUCACUACCAUGCUCCAGCAGAUGCAAUUCUUUAAACAAGAUGGAGAAAAACUGGACAUGUCUCCACAGUAUGGACUAACCAUGAAACACAAGCGUUGCCAUCUUACAGCUAAACUGCGUUUUGCUUUGUUAACUAAUUAAGAAUUUCCUUGGUAGGAGCUCUUGGUAAGAAGCUCAGAUGGGUUUCAGCUUUGGUAUCUAAAACAAAAAUGUCCAGUGUUGUUGGACUUUGGUUUCUAGCCCCAGUCUUGGCGAUGGGACCUGAUGGAGGAUGUUUUAUAGAGUGUAAUUCAGUGUGAACUAUGACAAUGAACACACCACUGCAUUGUUAUUACUGAUUUAAUUAAGCUCUGAAAAUGUACAGAACAAGCUAACAAAAGAGAAGUAUAUAGUGGCAAAGCUAUUUUGAUAUUUUGUGUGUGUAUGUUUGAAGGAUGCAAUUACAGGUAAAAUGUAACCAAAUACAGAUAAACGGCAUUGUUGGACUCAACCAUCUUUUAACCAAAUCUUAAUAUAACUACAUAUGUGAUUAAGUAUAGCGAUAAAAUUCAGAGAAAUCAGUUGUUGGAAUAUGUACAUUUACCUAUUUUGAUCAUUUUCUCUCUACCAUUACUUUCUAUGUGAAAUACCCUAUUUAUUAAUGUUAGGAAUUUUCAUUACAUGCAACAGGGGGAAAUGUAGAUGCAGGGAGCGUGUAGCCAUAGGGGCAUAUUUUUUAAAAGAAUACUCAUGGCAUAAAAAUAUUCACCCAACAAAAUGAAUGUCCUUUUUUAGUGGUUCUCUGCUUGUAAAAUUGUUUCCAUUUUUUUGGGAACCUAAAUGAUUAAAGUGUCAGUAAAUGCCUACUUUAUAGGAAAGCCUGCAGAUUUAGAGGGGUUCCCUGCUUGUUCUGUUUCCUGGGCAUGAAAUCCUUAUCCUUUUCUGGAAAUAUUCUAUAGUGUGUGAGCAUUGGGAACAACAUCUAGUUUCCUCUCUGCCCAGAUAUGGGGUAUCACAUGGAGCCAAAAGUUCAAGGGGAGAGGAAUAUAAUAUUAUACAAGUGUUUCUCAAGUCUUCAGGCAAGAGGUACGGACUAUAUUAGUGUUUCUAUAUGACAUUUAACAUUGACUUUAUUUUUCUUUUUGUAAGAGUUGUUUAAAAUGAUAAUGGAAAAAAAUAUUUUAAUAAUGGCAGAUAAAAUUCCAUGUAAGUUUUAUUGUAUAUUGCUGUAGUCUCUGUGAGAUAAUAAAUAUUACUUUUACAUUUUA